AUGAAUCUGGACGUACUCAGCUGGAAUUGUGGAGGAAUAUGUAAUGAUGCAACGGUCAGGGUGCUGAAGGAUUUGAUUACUCAAAAUAGGCCCCAUAUUGUGUUUCUCUAUGAGACAAAAAUAAGCCGCAGGGAAGAGUUUGAAAGAUUGCAGCAUGCGCUAGGUUUUGCACAGAUGGACCAAGGCAACCCAUAUCUCCCAGAUGGCUGUCAAGGUGUCUCCCUCAGCUUCUUAGGGGUAUUGCUUGUAACAUUUUGGAUAUACUGCGGACUGAAGAGAAGAAAGUUCAAGAUACUCAAAGAGAAGUACUUCAAAGACAAUGGUGGCUUCUUGUUACAACAAAAAUUGGAGAAUUUCGAUGGACCUCAAGCAGCCAAAAUAUUUACUAGAGAAGAACUUAAGAAGGCCACAAACAACUUCCAUGACAGUUUAAAAAUUGGUGAAGGAGGCUAUGGAUUUGUUUACAAAGGAACAUUAUCAAAUGGAAAUGAGGUUGCCAUAAAGGUGUCAAAAAGUAGUGCCCCAAUGACCCAAAGUAAUCAGUUCAUUAAUGAGGUGAUUGUUCUUUCUCAGAUCAACCACAGAAAUGCGGUGAAGCUUCUAGGUUGUUGUUUGGAGACCCAAACGCCUUUAUUAGUGUAUGAGUUCGUCAGCAACGGCACACUUUAUGAGCAUAUUCAUAAAAAGAAUGGCAAGGGACCGCUUUCCUUUGGGCUACGAAUGAAGAUAGCAACAGAAACAUCAGCAUCACUAGCAUUUUUGCACUACUCUACUUCGAUGCAAAUUGUGCACCGAGAUGUGAAGGCAGCAAACAUUCUACUGGAUGAGAAUUUCACAGCGAAAGUAGGUGAUGAAGGUGAAGUUAUAACCAGUAUUGACUACGACCGGUGCAUCCAGAUUCAACCCCUGAUGAUGAAGCCUUAUGAUGGAGGCCGAUAG